CGCGCGCCAGAGAGAGAGAGAGAGAGAUAGAAAGAUAGAGAGGAGGCGGAGGAGGAGGAGGAGGAGGCACGGGCCGCCGCUGCACCCCGGAGGAGAGGAGCGAAUAGGAGAAAAGAGAAGCGAAGAGAAAAGAAGAGAAGACGCCGCCGAGGGAGCGGAGCGGUGCUCAGCUUGAAGGAUGUUCUCCUCAGUGAAGGCCUUUGAGGGGCAGCAGUAUUCGGUGCUGAAGAAGCAGUGCCUGCAAAGCGGGACUCUGUUUGAGGAUCCGUUAUUCCCUGCUGUGGAUGACUCGCUGUUCUAUCAGGGGAACCGUAUUGGACGUGUGCAUUGGAAACGACCUGGGGAGCUGUGUGAUGAUCCGCACUUGUUCGUGGAUGGGAUCAGUGCUCAUGACCUGCACCAAGGGCAGCUGGGAAACUGCUGGUUUGUGGCGGCGUGUUCAAGUCUGGCUUCGCGCGAGUCUCUGUGGCAGAAAGUUAUCCCUGACUGGAAAGAGCAGGAAUGGGAUCCGGAGAAACCAGAUUCAUAUGCUGGAAUCUUCCACUUCCGCUUUUGGCGCUUUGGUGAAUGGGUGGAUGUAGUGAUCGAUGACCGCCUGCCCACGGUGGACAAUCAGCUGGUGUACUGCCACUCAAAUGACAGCAAUGAGUUCUGGAGUGCUCUGGUGGAAAAAGCUUAUGCCAAAGUGUAUGGCUGUUACGAAGCUCUGGAUGGUGGGAACACAGCCGACGCUUUAGUGGACUUCACCGGCGGGGUCUCGGAGCCAGUGGACCUGCUAGAAGGAAUGUACGCUCAGGAUGAAGCGGCAAGGAACCAGAUGUUCGAGAGAGUGCUGAAGGUCCACAAUCGAGACGGACUCAUCAGCUGCUCCAUCAGGGCGACCACAGUGGAGGACAUGGAGGCUCGGCUGGACUGUGGGCUGGUCAAAGGUCAUGCUUACGCAGUCACUGAUGUUCGGAAAGUGCGCCUGGGCCACGGCUUGCUGGCCUUCUUCAAAUCUGAGAAGCUGCAUAUGAUCCGUAUGAGGAACCCCUGGGGAGAGAAGGAGUGGAGCGGGCCAUGGAGUGAUAGCUCAGAGGAAUGGAAUAAGGUGAGCAAAAGCGAGAGGGAGAAGCUGGGUGUCACUGUGCAGGAUGACGGAGAGUUUUGGAUGAACUUUGAGGAUUUCUGUCACUACUUCACUGACCUCAUCCUGUGUCGGCUCAUCAACACGUCCUACCUGAGCAUCCAUAAGACCUGGGAGGAGGAGGUGAUGAGAGGAUCCUGGGUUUACCGAGACGACCCUCUGCGUAACCGCUCAGGAGGAUGCAUCAAUCACAAAGCCACUUUCCUGCAGAACCCUCAGUACGUGUUCGACGUGAGGAAGGUGGAGGACGAGGUCUUGAUCUGCCUGCAGCAGAAAGAGAAAAGAGCAACUCCGAAAGAAGGCAAAGGAGAAAACCUGGCUAUCGGCUUCGACAUCCAUCGGGUGGAACUGAACAGAAAGUACCGCAUGCAUACGGCCCAGCAGAAAGUCGCAGGUUCCAUCUACAUCAACUCUCGCUGCGUCUUCCUGAGGAAAGAGCUGAAAGAGGGCCGCUAUGUCAUCAUCCCCACGACCUUUGACCCUGGCCAGCAGGGAGACUUCCUUCUCCGAGUAUUCACAGAUGUGCCUUCAGACUGCAAAGAGCUGACCCUGGACGAGCCUCCUCAGACGUGUUGGACUGGGAUGUGUGGAUAUCCUCAGCUGGUCACUCAGGUGCACGUGCUGAGUGCUGAGGGGCUGCAGGGACAAGAUUCUAACGGAGCCUCUGAUCCAUACGUGAUUAUCACCUGUGAGGGGGAGAAAGUUCGAUCGCCUGUGCAUAAGGACACACGAUGCCCCAACUUUGACAUCAAGGGGGUGUUCUAUCGCAAAAAGCCAAAAGAAGGAAUUCACAUUGAGAUCUACAAUAAGAAUGUGAUUGUAGACACCUUCCUGGGUCAGGUGACCCUAUUCAGUGAACCGAAUGAUCGGCAGGAGCAGCACAUUGUUCACCUGAGAGACAAGGGCAGCCGCCAAGACAACGACCUCCCCGGCAUGCUGACCGUUCGCCUGAUCACUUGCACCACACUGACCAACAUCUAACACCUUAAUGAACCUCACCCCUGCCUCUUACCUCUUACCUUCUUCUCUCUCGAUGGCCUGCAAUCAAGGUAUUCCUCAUCCCUCGCUGAAUACCCAUAUCAUUUUGCAGCACUCGCAUAGUAUUCAUAAGGGCUACACAUUAGUUGUGCAUGAGCAGAUGAGGUCGGUUCGGUAUUGGGGCCUUUGCGGAGUCUUCGUCUUGCGAUCAGCCGCAUGGUUACCCGCUACCUGCUUACCUCAACAAAAAUCAGUUCUUGCCUCCCUCAGUUCUUGUGCGCCCUCAUGGCAUUCCCACCAGUUCAGACUUGCAUUACUAUCUCACCUUGCUGAAGACCGUUUAUGGAAGAAACCACUUUUGGAUGCCUUGGAUAGCGCAUGACCCACUCGACCUGCUUUCUGAACAACAAUGAGGUUGACUCGAGUGCCUCUGAAUUGUGUGUAUUCUUCAAAAUCUUUGGAUGUGCAGCAGCAUGCUUGGUGUAGCUUUGCAACAAUACCAAGAAACAGGGGCACGCAGAUCACCCACGACCAGCCGCCUCCGGGGACCAAAAGCCCACCCAGCCUCCAUCUCCAUAGUAACGCCACUGCCUGAAGACCGUGACAAUUUGAACAGCUUAUGUGUGUGUGUGUGUGUGUGUGUGUGUAUGUGUGUAUGUGUGUGUGUGUGUGUGUUUGCGCAUGCAUGUGUGAGCGUAUGCUAAUCCCGAAUAAACCCCUUCAGACGACCCUUCAAAGGUCAUGCAUGUGUAAACAAACUUCAUAAAUUCCAGCAGUGUUUCAGAAUGGAGAGCAAUCUGUAGGAGAUGGACAUGUGUAUACACACUUUGCAUGUAUACCUCACUCAUGAGACAGUGACAUGAUGUGACAGACUGCUGGGUCUCAUCAGCUCUUGCCAAACAGCAUGUGCCAUGAUGCGAGUCCUAUUAGAACUGUUCUUCCACUCCACCAGGGGGUGCUGUACUAAUGCUCUAGGAACCGCAGACUCUUUAACAGUCUUUUCCAAUUGCUGAUGUGCCCUUUUAAUAUGAACUACUAAAAAGCUAUUUAUAUUACUGCCAUGACCAGCUUAUGUGUUGCUAGCGUUUUAGUUGCUUGUGUUAUGGUGGUAAUAUUUGAACUGUUUUAUCAAAUCAUAUAUUGGUUAAAAUAAGUCAUUUUUUCCAUUAUUUGAAAGGGGACAUUUUAUUAUUUUUUUUAUUUAUGCACAAUGCCUCAUGUUGUCUUAAGAUGUAUUUUGUUUUUGUUUUGUUUUUUUGUUUGUUUUUGGGGUUUUUUAUUUCACAAGAAAAGAUGGAAAAUUAGGAUGUUUUAUGUUUCUAGCUGCAGCCCCAGACACUAAUGAUGUGAAGAUCCAGGCUGGGCAAAAGAAGCUUGUGCUUGGACAAAAGUAGACUGCGCUUUUAAAAAAGUAAAGUACAGACCUAAACAUGGGCUUUUAAUUUAGUCCAUAUGUCAUUUUAAACAGAAAGUAACUAUGUAAUGCCUUCUGAUUUCAUCUUUGCUGUUUUUUUUUUACCCAAAGCUAAUGGUAGCUACCUCACCAGCAUGUUAGCUAGCUAGCUGACUUGCAUAAUGCUAGCUAGAUUAAUAUUAAGCAUGUAGUUAGUGUCUAAUAAUAGCAAUUGCAUUAGGGGAAUUGACAAGCUGUCCCUAUACCUUGACUAGCCCCCAGCCCUUCUGCUGAAAAUACAUAGGAUUUAUGAAUUGCCAUUUAAGGAAAAGGGGCUGAGCUAAGUACCCCUGUUUCAUUAGGGGGCGGGGCUAACUUCAUGGCCAAAAAUGUAAAAUGUAAUCAAAAAUGUAAUCAGAAUCCUAAAAUGAGCCACAUUUCUUUGGUUCGACUAUUGCAUAUAACAUUUUAUAUUAUUUUAACUAAAACUUAUUGACUGGUGACAAAUUAAAGGAAAAAGUCUUUUGUUCUAUGAGCAUUUAUUUAUUUCACUGCUAUGAUUUGGCUCUAAGGAAAAGUCACUACAAUUCAAUACAAACUUAUCCAGACUAAUCACCUUUAUCCUGUAUUGAAACAUUUCUAUCCACAUUUCUAUAAGUGGUCUCUUUCAGGAUGACUCUGCCUUCUUCCACAGGGAAUGAGAGCUAACUUAAUGGUUUGAUGAGGAUGAAAAUGAGGUAAAUCAUAGGCUGUGGCCUUCAUAGUCACUAGAUCUCAACCCCGUUGAACACCUGUGGAAGAUGGAGUGGCAUGUUAGAGAGCGAUCUGCCAUCGUCAUCAUCAGAACUCCAACUGAGGUAAUAGCUUUUGGAAGUACUUCUGUAGAAUCUAUGACUGAAUGAAGUUUUUCUGAUUGUUUAUGCUCUUGACUGUUUAUGCUGGAUUUUCCUUUAAUUUGUCACCCACUACUGGUCAGUAUUAUCCAGAUAUUAAAUGUUCGGAGUACCUGAGAUGAAUCUUUGCAAGCUUUUAACAGACAGACUAUGAUGAUGGUGUUGAUUUUUGUGUUGUGUUUAUGUGGGAGAAUUACGGUGGUCAAGAAGUGCAAAACAAAACAAAAUAAAAUAACAAAAUAAAUCAGAAAACAAAAUAAAAUAACAAAUCAGAAAACAAAAUAACAAAAACAAAAUAACAAAUCAGAAAACAAAAUAACAAAUCAGAAAACAAAAUAACAAAAACAAAAUAAAAUAACAAAAUUACAAAUCAGAAAACAAAAUAACAAAAGCAAAAUAAAAUAACAAAAUAAAAAAUCUGAAAACAAAACAACAAAUACAAAAACAAGUAGUUAGAAUUCUAUUAGCCAACUAUACCUACCUUUUCCAGUUUGUCUGAAUUGUCCUUGUGUUUUUGGUUGUUUGUUUUGUGUUUCUCAGCCUCUGUAAAGAAUUUAUAAUAUGCAUUCACAGCAUAAAAUUCAACACUGGUUUGUAUUGUAAAAUCAACAUUUUAGUCCAGUAAAUGUCCAUCCUCUUACUGAUGCUCAUUACUGUAGUUAAUAAGUGCAAUUAUGUACUUACAGCAAGUCAUUUCAAGAUUAAAAAAAAACACUAGCAUACUUGAAAAUACUCUUUAGGACACAAAUGAAUAGUUUGGUUAAUUCUUCCGAGUACAAACAGAGGCUUGUCCCAGCGUGGGUUGUUCUGCGGCGCUGCAGCUAGCUGUCACUCAUUUAUUUAGCUUCUGCAUUGUGGCCUAUAGUAAAUAGGGACAUGAAAACUUCAAGAUUUAAUGAUUUUCUGUCUUAGGGUUGUAUUCAGAGUUGAGCACACAGAAGAGUUACUACAGAACUUACACACAUCAGUAUUCAGAUCUCAGAUACCUAAAGACUAGUCAGGGUUGUUUUGGAGUUGCACAUGACCACAAUUUAGUAUCUUGUGGCGAUAUUUAAGGAUUUGUUUUGUUGUCGUUUGUUUUGUUUUUUUUUAAUAACAGUAAUAUGUGCUGGAUCAAGUGCUAUUUUAUAAACUGCCGAAUAACGAGGGUGAAAGCCAUAUUAUAAAAGUAAACCAAAUUUGCAGGGAAUCCCUUAUAUUUAAAGCUGGUGGUCUAAAUGCUAAUGAAAAGCCCAUUUUAGGUGCUCAUACACCUGAAAAUCAAAAGCAUAGAGGGAUCUGAAUGGGGAGCCCAGGAAAUUUGACUUCACUAGCCAGAAAUCUGAAUACUGACAUUAAUUUUGGACUUAAAUAGCCAACUCUGAAUACAGCUCUUAGUCUGAAGGGCCAUGUGCUGGGAGACGGGGGGUCAGACCGGUUAGCUCAAUAGUUUAAGCAUGAAGUGCCAUAGUGAUAAGUGUUGCAUGUGAGGAGUAAGAGAGAUAAUCAUGCCAAGCAGAUUAGUCCUCAGGCAUAAUGGUUAAACCAGACAGCCAGAGAUAAUGUGACUUCAUUCAGUUAGAGAAUAGCCAUAGAUUUAGAGGAUAGUGAAUUAGGAGAAAAUUGAUUGUGGAAGUUCUUACUGAGAUUUUAUGUUUAAAAAAAGUGUAUCAGGGGAAGAUGGUUAACAGUUUAUCUGUCCCUGUAUUAUAGAGUGAGAAUUUUAAAAAGAAAUUAGAAUUUGGAUAAAUCACUCCGGAGUACAAGACACACCUUAGAGUUAUUCUGCUUUAAGAAAAAAACACUUUAUUCUUGCAUUAAUUAAGGUCAUUAUAAUGUACCGUUGUUUUGUUAAACCUAAAAUGGCUUCCUUAAACCGAAACCUUUGCUACAGCGCUGAUCUUAAUCCCUGACUGAUUUCAGGAAAAUCACUGUUUAUGGGUUUAUCAAGCACUUGAUAAAUGAGAAGACCAAGAACUUAUUAUAUAACUGCAUUUAUUGUUGUUAAUAUAAACCCAGCCACUGAAAAGUUAACUCUCUGUGUUAUCCCAAGCCCGGAUUAAAUGCGUCAGGAAGGGCAUCCGGCGUAAAACCUGUGCCAAAUCGAAACAUGCGGACUAAAAUGAUCCGCUGUGGCGACCCCAAGCAGGGAGCAGCCGAAAGAACAAGAACAACAACAUUUAUUUUUUUCACUUCCGCUGAGAUAAUAUUUUUCCCCGGGUGUACUCCUGUUGUAUUUUUGAUGUUAGGUCAUUUCCAAGCUAAAGGUAGCACUGUCUUACACAGGCCUGAUGCGUACAAGCGUUCUAGCUUUAAAUACGUACAAGCCAGUAACAUUUAUACGACUUUCUCUUUAGUAUACUGACGUUUAAACAGUUUAGCAUUUCACAGAUCUACCAUCAAGGUUACCAGGUAUGUGUAACAAAAUUGGCCUAAUUUCCAAACUCAAACCCUCUUAAACCCUGUGUUUAUCCCCAAAAUUAUGAUAAAUCUUUCUUUGAAAUAUUUGCACUGAUGUUUAAACAGUUAGCAUGUCACAGCUCUAGCAUCAGGGUUGCCAGGUAUGGGUAACAAUAUUAGCUUAAUUUUAAAACCCAAACCCUCUUAAACCCUGUAUUAAGCCCAAAAAUGAUGAAUAAUCUUACUUUGACAUAUUUGCACUGAUGUUUAAACAGCUAGUAUGUCACAGAUCUAGCAUCAGGGUUGCCAGGUUUAUGAAACUAAACUUGCUUAAUUUCCAAACUCAAACCCUCUUAAACCCUGUAUUAAUUCCCAAACUCAUUAUUGAUCUUACUUCUAAAUAUUUGCAAAGUAAAAUCAUCUCGGUGUGUGUGUUUUUUUUUUUAAUGAAGCAGUAUUAAAACAGUUUAAGAUGUUUUCCAAAACCAUUUUCAGUGCAGUUCUAAAAUACCAUCUUGUAUUAUUAGUUAUAUUGUUAUAAAUAGAGAUAAAUGAGUACACCUAUUUGCUAUUAUGCAGUAACACAGUAUAAGCAUUUAAGUGUUUUAUAUUUUAUUUUAUAUACAUUUUUCUAGUUACUAAUUACAAUAAAUGAUUUCAGCUCUUAGUUUAAUUAUAACCACAUACUGCUUACUUACAUUGUUGGAUGUAAUUCUGCAAUAUUCUUUUUCAAAAAAAAAAAAAACAGCUACCCUGAAGCCUGUCAACUCAAUUCUGAGAGACAUUUUACACAGAAUGGAGACUGGAAGCUGAAGUCUGGCUACAAUUUCUUUUUUUCUUUUUUUUUUAAAUGACAGCUGUGGUAUCAUCCACACAGUAAUAAAGGUAUAUUAUAUACAUAUACACCCAUCAGACAUAACAUUAUGAGCACUGAGAGGUGAAGUGAGUAACAGUGUUUAUCUCCUCAUCAUGGCACCUGUUAGUGGGUGGGAUAUAUUAGGCAGCAUGUCGAUGUGUUAGAAGCAGGAAAAAUGGGCAAGAGUAAGGAUUUGACAAAGGGCCAAAUUGUGAUGGCUAGACGACUGGAUCAGAGCAUCUCCAAAACUGCAGCUCUUGUGGGGUGUUCCCGGUCUGCAGUGGUCAGUAUCUAACAAAAGUGGUCCAAGGAAGGAACAGUGGUGAACCGGCGACAGGGUUAUGGGUGGCCAAGGCUCACUGAUGCAUGUGGGGAGCGAAAGCUGGAACGUGUUGCUCAGAUUGCUGAAGACGUUAACAACCUUUUCUGAUAGAAAGGUGUCAGAAUGCACAGUGCAUGACGGGUCAUAUAGCGGGGCGCGGGGCAGGUGGUCAUAAUGUUAUGCCUAGUCAGUGCAUAAAUAGAUAGAAAUGUGGCCAUGGCAGAGAGCCAGAGUUUUAAUAGCUGGGUCUGUAAAAAAAUUUUUUUACCAUUCUUACAUUUAUUAGAGUUCUUAUUAGCAUAUUGGAGAUUUUAGCUGGUUUGAAUUGAAUGGGUUUUUUUAUUCAAACUUUAAUAACUCAAAACUAGUAAAAGUAGGCCUAUAAAUAAUAUCAACUCCAUGAUAGUUUUAAUACAAUAAAUGUGUGGAUGUAAAGUUCUAUAAAGAACUUUCUAUAUAAGAAUAAAUAUUCUAUAUAAGAGUAAAUAAAUUUAAAUAAAUUAAUAGUUAUAGUAAAUGACAUAAUUGUACAGAUUUGCUUACUGAGGUUAAUAUGUGAAGAGAAAUAAUCUGUACUGAGAAGAUCAAUGAAUACAGUUACGUGUCUUAUACUCCGGAGACAACUAUCAUCUCAUAUUCAACACUGAAUCACAUGCUGAAGCUGUGUUUAUUCAGCAGGAAUAUUAAAAUGCACUUUUGUUUUGUUGUCUUUCACAUCUUUGGGUUGAUUUUGUUUUGUGUAAAUGCCACAAAGGUGAUUAAUGUGCCAUUCUUUUAUGAGUUGAGUGUAAUAUUUAUUUAUUUAUUUAUUUAUUUAUUUAUUUAUUCAUUCAUUCAUUCAUUCAUUCAUUCAUUCAUUCAUUCAUUUAUUUAUUUAUUAUUUGAAUUCUCUGUAAUUCUUUUGCCAGCAUUCAGACUGUAAAGCUAACACAACAGAUUUUUUUGUUGAAUUUUUUUAAAUUUAUUUAUUUUUUACCACAGUGUCUCAGUCUUGCUGAACAUAUUUAGGAAUGCACAUUUAUUAACACGAUGCUAAAAUUCAGUGCGAGCUCUGUGCACGUCCGUAUUCCAGGCGCAGGUUUACAGCCACACGAACGCAGACUGUUCUACAGUGUCCCACAUUCAAGAUGAGACUCAUGCCAUAACGUGGUCUUUGUGCCGCGGAGAUACGGACACUGCUGCAGCUUUGCACAUGCAGGUCUUGAGCUUACGCUGCAUGUGCUUUGCACCGGUGGUCAGUGAUGUGAACAUGUGUAUGCUGAUUGCUCAGCUUCAGCCAGGCAUGAGUGAUUGUAUGUGGCUGUAACUAAUAUAUUUAGCAUAAAAUGGCCUGCUGGACAUCCAGUUUCAUGGAUGUUUUGAAUACUACUGAACAAUUUUGUGAAGAUAUUAAUCUGCAUUAAUGUGUGUGAUGAAACUUUUCAGCGGUUUGUAAGUUUGAAAUUGAAGAAGAAAAAAAAAAACCCUUUUUAAACACUCACAACAUUUCUACUAAAGGCAGAACGCCACUGCUGGGGGUUUAUGUUCGCUUCUGAUUAGGGUUGUUACGGUUUCACAGUUAGGCUGAUUCAAAAGUUUUACCUUUUUAUGUGUUACUGUGUAGUCGAGGUCCCUACUCCAGUGGUUCUCAUCCGUUCUGGACGUCCUUUUCUCCGCGCAUGGGACGCAACUGCACUAAAAACCAUUAGGGCACAUAAUCCGUUACUGCUGUAAACAUGUUACAUUGCUACCUCUGCUGCUACUUUUAGCAUGUUCACUUUUUUUUUCCUCUUUGACUUUCUUUAUAGUCUCUCUCUCUGCAGCUUAUAUCUAUGGCUUUCUAAGAACAAUUCAAGGAUUCUGAGUUUGUCAGUUCUGAGUUGUUUAAACAGUAGCUUAGGGGUUGUGUACGCACUUCAGGGGUUGGGGGUUGCCUCCAUGCUGUGUGUGUGGAUUGUCCAUGUUCUCCGCAUGCUCCAUGGGUUUCCUCCCCCAGUCCAACAUGUGUUAUAGGCUGGAUGGCAUUGCUAAAUUCUCUAUAAUGUGUGUGUGUGUGAUAGUGGCCUGCAGUGGGUUGGCAUCCCAUCCAGCAUGUCCUCUGCCUUGUGCCCCGAGUCCAGGACAAUCUCCAGGUUCCCUGUGACCAUGUGUAGGAUAAUCUCUACAGAAAAUGGCUUUUAGAUAUAAAAGACUUUUUACAGAGAAACCGUAAUAAAUUUCUCCUUCAGUUUUCAACUACAGUUUUAGCUUGUGUGUUUUUAAAUAAUCAGUUAAUACUGUGACAUGAUGAAACCGUGUUAUUUUUAGACUAGGUUAUUAUACCGUGAAUAUUUCAAACCGUAAUAUCCCUACUCUGUUGAACAGCACAACCCCAUCUGUUCUCUCUCUCUCUCUCUUUCUGUCUGGGAUGCACUGGCUCUCCGGCCUGCAUCGCUGCAUGUACUGUGACUAACCGGAAGCUCCGCUCGGACAAAACCAUCCCGAAUGGUGAAAUGUGCCAUGUCUGAAUUCCUUAAGCUACACAGAGCGGCAUCGCCUUAAGAUUCAGAGAAUGCUUGUAGAGAAUGUGACGUUUUCUUCUCCUUCUUCUUCUUCUUCUUCUUCUUCUUCAGUAUUGAUUAUAAUUUGUCUAAUUCACAACUUUAUCGACAAAUCAGACAUCCAGAGAAUGAGCUUGUGAUACUCUUGUAUUUUUCUGCCGACGUUGAACUUGAAAGUGGCGCUGAUAUAAACUUGCAUGAUGACGUUCUAUAUAUGGUAGCAGAUGCUGAGAACUUUAUAACAAGUCUCUUUUAGCAACAUUUUAUACGCCUUUGUUGAAUCUUUUAUAUCUGUCCAUCAAAAUCUUUGUGUUAAGCUGAACAAUAGUCUACCUUUAUCGAUUAUAUGCGUUGAAAAAGAUCUGUAUCUUCUGUACAUUUCAGUGUGUUUUUAUUUAUUUGUGUAUUUCCUGGGUUACACUGUGGUUAUUUUCUAUUUACUCUCGAAGUAUUUAUUUUCUCUAUUUUGUAUUUUGUCAACUU